AUGUCAGAGAGCACCUCCUCUGUCGAGAGAGUGGCUCGUAUAGACUGCGAUCCACGGUUUCAGAGAGGUGAAGAUGCAAUCAAGGCUGUACAGGUGGAAAACAGAGACACCACAGCCCGAGACGGUUUGGAAGACCAGUAUGUCCGGCCGGGCGUUGGUGCCAGCACCAACGACAACGCUGAUAACGACACCAAUGACAAUGACAACGCUGACAACGAGAACGCUGACAACACCCACAUGCAACAUACAUCGGACUCUGCAAACUACUUCCUGCAAAAGGAAGACAGGAUUCUCAACACAAACUCCGAGUGGCUCAAUAAUAUAUCGAUACCUUUAGAACCAACCCACUCGUCCCACCCUUCCUCCCCAGCUGCUACUUCCCCCGCUAUAUCGAAACUCAUUCACUCAAUCAACAACCCCUUCCCAUACGGAAUUGUAAAUAGUAACACCGUUGGCAUUAGCAGUAGCACCAAUAGCAACUAUCGGACCACCAAUUCCCCCUUUUCAAAGACAGUUUCGCAUACGGCACAAACUCCCACAACUACAGACAUCAUCUUGGACCAACCUCAUGUCAGCUUCUCGCAGCAAUACCACCAGAAACCGCCAAACAAGAUCUUCAUAUGCCAUUUCCCCGGCUGUCAGAAAACAUUCUCCAGAAAGUUAAAUUUCGUGUCCCACUACCAGUCAACACAUGAACACCAGAAACCUUUCCAGUGUGAAACUUGUCACAAGGAAUUUGCAAGACAUAGUGACCGUCGAAGACACGAGAAAUCACAACACUCCCAAUCAAAGGAUUACAUAUGUGCCGGUAUUGCCGAAAAUGGAAUGCAUUGGGGGUGUGGAAGAAAGUUCAAACGCAAAGACGGCUUGACUGCCCAUUGGAAGAGCAUCAGGGCAAGAAAGAAAUGUUUUGCCAACAUCCCCAAUAGCAACCCACUACCAAAGUAA